GUCUGUCAUUUGCGCAUUGGUAAUUAAAAAGCAAGAUAAUAUUUUAUGACACAAAGCCGCCCAUAUUUUAACUAUGAUAUACAUCCAGGAAGAUAUACUUGCAUUUCGACAUUUCGUCGAACUCCUCUCUCAGGAGAGGAAUAUCUCGAUGUUAUUGCUGGUGAUAUUCUAGUGGUUGAAUGUCGACCACAAAAUGCUACGGCACCGACCUCUUUUUUAUAUGGACUUAAUGAAACAACAAAACAUAAAGGAUAUUUUCCGGCAUAUUGUAUAGAUAUUCGUAAAUUCGGAUCACUUCAACUAAGAAGCAAAAGCACCGAUCGAAUUGCUUCUACCCACACUUUUCCAAAUUCACAGCUUAUAAAAGCUACAAACGUUGAUCCACAAAGCUUAUUACAACCAGUUAUACCUCCAAGAUGUAAACGUCUACUCAAUGUAUCUUCCUCAUCCUCGUUACUCAGUACACCACUUAAUUCAUAUUCUCACUCAUGUACAAAUUUGUCGAUUCCGUCCCAAGAUACUUUACCUCAUGAAAUUCAAAAGUGUAAUGUAUCCGUACCAACCUUAUCCUACCGUUGUCAUCAAUUUGUUAAUGUUUCUGUCAGUUAUCCGCUAAUAUGUAAUCUAUGUAAUGAUUAUAUAGUGACACCACGGUGUAAUGCUAAUAGAUGCUUUGCUUGCAAGUCUGUAUUUCAUCUUGUUUGUGCUGAAUACUCUAAAAGAUUUGAAGUAUUUACGUGUCAGCCUCCAGCAAAUGACAAUUCGACAAUUAUAUCAGAGAAAUUGACUUGUUCAUCAACAUGUAAUGCCUUCUCAUUGUUAUCGUCUUCUAUUUCAACUACUGAACAGCCACUGGCUUCUUGGAAUUGUACUCAAGUAGCCCAUUGGUUAGCUGUUGUUGGCCUUGGUCGAUUUGUUCGAUUAUUCAUCAAAUUGAAUUUAGAUGGUAAUUUCCUUUCAGAAGUUACUUAUGCAUCACCUCAUUUGUGUAGAGUAGCUGACCCAUUUGCUCGUGAAACAUUAGAAAGAGCAAUAUUGACUUUACAAGGUAAAGAACCUACUCCUGGAGAAAAUUUGGACAUAUUCGCGAAUUUGGAUAUCGAUAGAAAAUUUCCAGGAGAAAUUAGUGAUUCUCGGCAGCACGAUUUCCAGCUCACCUCUUUUUACAGAAUAGUCUCAUGUAUAGUGUGCAAUAUUCCUUUGUUAGGCUUCAGUCAUCAGGGAUUCCAGUGUAAAAAGUGUGGAGCUAUUUGUCAUCGUAUCUGUAAAGCUUUAGAGUAUUUUUCAAAUUGUCCUGGAGUAUUUUGUGCGACUAAAGAAUUUAAUCCGGAAAAGUCGGGCUCUGGCUGUGAAACGAAUGAAAUUCCCACUUCAUUGGUUCCGUAUGUUAGUGAAUACUUUGGUGUUAAAUUGGAAGAACAAAAAUUAGAUUCUAAUUCAAAAGUCCCUGUAUUCUUAACUACAUGUACUGAACAAAUAGAAAAACUAGCUUCUGAAAGUUUUAUUACUGCCAGUAAUAAUCCGUGUAUUCAACCUGUUGACUUGGCUAUGGUUUAUCAACAGUCAGCUUUAACGUAUACUCUACAAGAACUUCAUGAUACAUUUGCUCAUUGUUUACCAUUACCUGGUAUAGAACAGUCAUCUACCCAUCCGUUGGACAUUGUACGUUUUGCCCAAUUAAUGAAAGCUUUUCUUCGUGAUUUACCAGUGAAUGUGAUACCUGAAGAGUACUAUUUAGAUUUUUGCAGUUUAGCAAAUAUAAGAAAUAUAGAUGAAAAGAAAAAAGCUGUUCAUGCAUUUAUUCAAAGUCUUCCUGAACUUCAUCGGUUGUGUUUGAUUCAUAUUUUUAACCAUUUAGGUUUCGUACUGAAUCAUCAAAAUAAGUUAAGGUCUUAUUUGUCAGAUUCAUCGUCUGUCAAUCUGAACCGGUCGACUUCAUUUUCCAGUAUAAAUGUAUUGAAUAAAGCUACUCCUUGGUUGAUGGUUUUUCGACAAAUCCUUGUUCGACCACCAUGGCAUCUUAUCACCGACAUAGCUAUGGGUAUGGAUACACAUAUGCGUGCUUUAGAGGCUCUCUUUUCAUCUUUUGUUGAUCUUUCCACUGAGGAAUCAGAAUGUACAUCCCAAACUAAAAAUUCCGAAGCACAAUCUGAUGUAUCAGAUUCAAAUCUUCAGAGAAAUUAUGUAUCUUUUUCGCAAUUUGAACGUAUUUCCAGAUAUCAAGAUGAAAAACAUACAUCUUCAGAAUCCGUCUCACUAUAUCCUACUAAUGAAGUUGCACCAACGAUUAAUACUCCACCUAGUCCUAGUUCAAUUGCUGCUAAUAAAAAAGAUUUAAAGAAUCAAGAAUGGUAUUGGGGUGAUAUAACUCAAGAAGAGGUACGUGAACUGAUGACAGAUCUUCAAGAUGGAUAUUUCCUUGUUCGUGAUGCUUCUGGAAGUUCAUCUGCUGCAUUCACUUUGGUAGUCAGAUGGCGUGGUUUAAAUAAGUUGAAUCGAAUCUAUCAUCGUGGUGAUUAUUUCGGGUUCACUGAUCCCCCAUAUCCAAGUUGUCGUUUAGUUUCUGAACUUGUUGAAUUUUGUCGUGUUCAUCCACUGACUUUGACUAGUUGUAGCAGUCUACGAUUAAUUUGGCCUGUAUCACGUCGUCAUAAACGUUUUCAUGGCAAAACUGAUAUCUCAUUCGAUAAUACUGUAUCUGAUGAGAAUAGGAGCGAUGCAGAUGGAGUGUUUGCCUGCUUCCUAACUAAGUCACAAUUAAACAGUGAAUUGAAAAGUAAAGCUGCUGAAAUUAAUCAAUUGGAUAAAGUUAUUACUGAUUUACAGCUGCAGUCAAAAAAUGCAAUUGAUUUGAAAGAAGAAGGUGUUCGUCUUAUAAAGGGUUAUCAAAAGAUACGUAAUUGGUUACAGACCUCAUUGAGUCAGUUAGAUGAUUAUUCAUAUCCUAGUGAAAAGUUAAAAAUCUCACCUCAAAUUGAAACACUAAAAAGAGAAAUAGAUGAAAUUGAAAGACAAAUCAAAAUUAACAAGGAAGAGGUUAAUAAUCAAUCCAAAAAAGCUCGAAUAAUAUGUGAAAAUUAUGCUAAUGCAAUUUUUCGUCAGCGUAAAGUAAGAAGACAGGCCCACGAGAUUCGGCGAGCAUUAAAAGAUCGAGGAUUUAAAGAAGAGUCUUUAUCUUCUUCGAGUUCUUCAUUAUGUGAUGAUUCCAUUUCUUCAGCGAAACAGUCAGUCGAUAACCAGAGUAAUAUUGUACCGGGAAAUUCUAUAAGUUCUCAUGAUGAUAUCUAUUUACCGGAGGAGAUACGUGAUCGUCGAUAUUGGUUCCUCACAGAUGCUACUAGAGAAAAGGUAGAGGAGUUACUAAGCGAUAAACCUGCUGGGACUUUUGUUGUCAGACCUUCUGCUACUAGUGAUAAAUUGGCGUUGGGUAUACGGUUAGCAACAUCUGUUCAACAUUGUUUAAUUCAUUGUGUAAAUGGAAAAUAUGGAUUUGUUGAAAAUUCUUGUACAUUUGAAUCAUUGGAAGCUUUGAUCUGUUACUAUCAUGUGGAGAAUUUAAAGCGAUACAAUAAUCUACUCAACAUAACUUUAAAGUAUCCAAUUAAGUUGCAAUUGGAUGACUGAACACAUAAUAGGGAAAGAGAUUAUAUGGUGUAUUUGUUUUAUUUCAUGAUCCUUUUUUGUUAACUCCUGUUUAUAUUGUAUGUGUAUGUGUUUGUUCAUUAUUGUGUAUUCAUUCAUAAGAAUACAGAUAACUUUCGUCUUUUAUUGUUUACAUUUUUCUAAUAACGUAUCUUUCUUUUAUCAGUAAUCAACAAUUACUAUAUGGAACUAUCAAUUCCAACCUUAGCAUUGAUAAUCGCCAUAUGCCUUAAUAUCUAUUGUUUGUUCAUUUUUCGGGAUUCAAAUUUUUUUAAUUUUAUUAUUAUUACAGUAUUUUUAUGUUGGCGAAAAAAUACCAUUCAGAAAUCGUACUCUAGUUUUCUCCUCCCCUUUCGUUUCUCUGUUACUCUCAUUAUAUUUCCAGAAUUAUUUCUUCAUAAUAAAUUCCUUCUUUGUGUAGGUAAAAACAGAUCCUGAUUGUGUUUAUUGAAUACUUCGCUACAUAACUGAAUAGAAAACAGCUAUUAUUAUUAUUGAUGUUGUUAGAAUACAAUUUGUUUUUCAGUCUUCUUUUACCUCUCCAUUUUCUCAUCUUUUCUUGAUCUCAUCAUCAAGACGAAAGAAACAUGAAAAACAAAAAAAUAUUUUGGUGUAUACAAUUGAUUAAUGAUUAUUUCACUAUACUGACAUUUUCUUUACCUGUGAUUUACUACUUUACACCUUGCUGUUAUAUUUCCUUUUAAAACUUUACAAAAAUUAUUUUACAGUCCGCUAAUAGUUUAUUAUUAUUUUGUUUUUCGCUUCAAUCUUUUUUUUAUCUUCAGAUCUAAGCUUAUUAUUAUUAUUAUUGGUUUGUGUUAUUAUAAUUGUUGUAUCUUUACCACUUUAGAAUAAAGUUAACCAUACGAGCUUUCAUUUAAUUAGAAAAAACCCUGUUCAUUAAUCUUUAUAGAGGAAUGUUCCCUUUUGUGGAUCGGAUUUUUGUUGUUGUAAAAUUUCAAAUCUUACCAAUACUAUUAAUUUGAUUGGCCAGUUUACUUGUUUUGAAUUUUCUCAAUCUUUCGAUCAAAUUGAAAUACUCAGCGAUUUCGGAUUAUGGAAUCUAUACACAAACAAUUUUUACUGUUGAUCUACCUAUUUACAUAACUUCCAAGUGAUUACCUCGUAUGUUUCAAACUAAUAUAGAAGUAAUUGAAUAAGAAAAAGAGAAUUCAGUGAAGAAGUAAUUUCAACAGUUGAGAUCAUGAGUCAAUUAAAGGUAGACCGCCAUGGAAAACCUGGAAGAACUCGACAGCCGUUUCGUCUUAUCGUGGAACUCUUCAGCAGUGUUCAUACACGAUCCCGCCUUGUGAGAUUCGAACCCAGGAUCUAUCGAUACAAUUGAUAGCAAAUAGUAUGAAUUGUAACGAUAACAUAUUUUUAGUAAUUCAUUUGAACUAGUCUAUUCAAAAGAAUAUGAUUCACCAAAGUGUUAUUGCACUAUCCUGAUAAUAUGAUUCUAGUAGUUUUUUUAAAUACAUGAAAUACAACUUCCGCAUUCCUUACAAAAAUGUAUAUAUGUAUAAUAUAUUACGUUAUAGCAC